AGGAGCCCUUUAUUCCACCUCUUGAAAACCCCCAUUAAAAGCCUCCACUGCCCCGGACAACCACAGAGCAAGUUCUCCAGCAAGGAGCCAGAAUGACUGCUAAUGCCAAAUUUAUUGACUACAUUGAUGAAGCUUUGGAAAAAUCAAAAGAAACUGUACUGUCUCACUUGCUUUUCACCUAUCAGGGGAUUCCUUACCCAGUCACCAUGUGCACCUCAGAGACUUUCAAAGCCCUGGACGCCUUUGAAGCCAGAAGCGAUGACAUAGUUCUAGCAUCUUAUCCAAAGUGUGGUUCUAACUGGAUUCUCCACAUCGUUAAUGAAUUAAUGUUUGCUGAUUCUAAACAAAAGUAUGAAUACCCAGAAUUCCCAGUUCUUGAAUGUGGGGACCCAGAAAAAUAUCAGAGAAUGAAACAGUUUCCAUCACCAAGGAUUUUGGCAACUCAUCUCCAUUAUGACAAAUUACCUGGAUCCAUCUUCCAGAACAGAGCCAAGAUAUUGGUGCUAUUUCGAAACCCUAAAGACACAGCAGUAUCUUUUUUCCAUUUCCACAAUGAUGUUCCUGAUAUCCCAAGCUAUGGGUCUUGGGAUGACUUCUUCAGACAGUUCAUGAAAGGACAAGUUUCCUGGGGAAGCUAUUUUGAUUUUGCAAUUAAUUGGAACAAACAUCUUGAUGAUGAAAAUGUUAUGUUCAUAUUAUAUGAAGACCUGAGAGAGAAUCUGGCCACUGGAAUAAAACGAAUCGCUGAGUUCUUCGGAUUCUCUCCAUCUGGGGAGCAGAUUCAAACUAUUUCGGCACAAAGUACCUUCCAUGCCAUGCGAGCAAAAUCCCAAGAAACACACGGUGCUGUGGGCCCGUUCCUGUUCCGCAAAGGUGAAGUUGGUGAUUGGAAAAACCUGUUCAGUGAAACUCAGAACCAGGAAAUGGAUGAAAAAUUCAAAGAGUGCUUAGCUGGCACUGCCCUGGGAACAAAGUUGAAGUAUAACUCAUACUGCCAGCCUUGAUUCUGGUCAAUUCAGCUUAUUUUCCUUAAUAAUAACUGAAUUUAAAUAUCAAUAAUUACAUAAUAAUCAAUCAAUAAUGAUAAUUAAACAUUUUAGACAU